GGCUGCACAGAUUUUUAGACUUGGGUGGUCAUUGCUGGAGGCUACAUGCUCGUGAUAAGCUUUCCUUUAUUAGCCUCAGGCUACAGUAGCCUAAUGGUGUGCAAGCACGGAAAUUAAUUUAGAGGAAGUGGGUCAGAUCCUCGUUGGCAUUAUGAUAAGGAGGCACACCGGAAUGCUUUCUCUACCCACACAUUUGAAGUAGCAGUUGUCGGGUCAUUUAAAGCCCUAAUCUGUUUUCAUUUGUCGCCCGGUAGCCAUUAUCAUCACUUUUAGAAGCGGUUUGUGUUAGGAGGCAUUUCAGCAUUAUUGAAUGGCUCUUUGUGGCACUACGGCUACAAAUGUUACAAAAAUGAUGGCCGCUUACAACGGUGGCUCCUCUACAGUGGCUGCCCAUCAUCCGCAUCACCACCACCAACUCCAGCACCUUCCGCCUCCCCACAUGCACCACCACCACCACCACCACCACCACGCGGGCCAGCAUCAUUUGCAGCACCCGGGCUCCGCCGCUGCUGUGCACACGGUUCAGCAACACACUUCCACGGCUGCCGCUGCGGCGGUGAUGCUAAACCCCGGCCAGCAGCAGCCCUACUUCCCCUCUCCUGCCCCCGGACAAGCCCCAGGGCCGGCGGCCGCCGCGGCUCCCGCACAGGUUCAAGCCGCCGCUGCUGUCAAAACUCACCACCACCAUCACCAUCAGCAGCAACACACACACCACCUACAGCAGCAGCUGGAUAUAGAGCCUGACAGGCCCAUUGGCUAUGGAGCGUUUGGGGUUGUGUGGUCAGUGACGGACCCCCGAGAUGGAAAGCGAGUUGCCCUCAAAAAAAUGCCCAAUGUCUUCCAAAACCUUGUUUCUUGCAAGAGGGUAUUUCGGGAGCUGAAGAUGCUAUGCUUCUUCAAACAUGAAAACGUGCUGUCUGCUCUGGACAUACUGCAACCUCCACACAUUGACUACUUUGAAGAAAUUUAUGUGGUGACUGAACUGAUGCAAAGUGACCUCCAUAAGAUCAUCGUAUCACCGCAGCCUCUGAGCUCAGACCACGCCAAAGUUUUUCUUUAUCAGAUUCUACGAGGACUUAAAUACCUUCAUUCUGCUGGCAUUCUACACCGAGACAUCAAGCCUGGCAACCUCCUGGUCAACAGCAACUGUGUGCUCAAGAUCUGUGAUUUUGGUCUGGCCCGAGUGGAGGAGUCAGACGAGUCACGACACAUGACUCAGGAAGUGGUGACACAGUACUAUCGAGCUCCUGAGAUCCUCAUGGGGAGCCGCCACUACUCCAACUCCAUUGAUAUCUGGUCUGUGGGUUGCAUCUUCGCGGAGCUGCUGGGGCGACGCAUCCUCUUCCAGGCCCAAAGUCCCAUUCAGCAGCUGGAUUUAAUCACUGACCUGUUGGGGACUCCCUCUAUGGAAGCCAUGAGGACAGCAUGUGAAGGUGCUCGUGCACACAUUCUCAGAGGACCACAUAAACAGCCAUCCCUUCCUGUUCUUUACACACUGUCUAGCCAAGCAACCCAUGAAGCUGUCCAUCUCCUCUGUAGGAUGCUGGUGUUUGAUCCGUCAAAGAGGAUUUCAGCAAAAGAUGCCCUGGCUCACCCUUACCUGGACGAGGGUCGACUGCGCUACCAUACAUGCAUGUGCAAAUGCUGCUACACCACAUCUUCUGGCCGUGUUUACACCAGUGACUUUGAGCCUGUCACAAAUCCCAAGUUUGACGAUGGCUUUGAGAAGAAUCUGAGCUCUGUGAGACAUGUCAAGGGACGCACCCGUCUUGGGCACACAGAUCUCGGGUGGCUGUCUGCGCACCAGCUGCAAAUAUGCAAAUAUUUACAGUUGCGAGAUCAUCCAUCAGUUCAUUUUGGAACAGCAAAAGGGGAGUCGAGUGCCACUCUGCAUUAACCCUCAAUCAGCUGCAUUUAAAAGCUUUAUCAGUUCCACAGUGGCUCAGCCCUCUGAAAUGCCCCCAUCUCCACUGGUGUGGGAAUAGCUGCUGCAGUGUAUCAUCGUCUUUCCCAACUGACAAGCUGCUAAACUGGGAACAAGAACGCCUGUCAACAUCUUCUUUCAUCUACGUAGCACUUCACUGGAGAGCAGGACUCACAGGUCUGCUGUGUAUAUGCUGAAAUCUGGAACAAAUGAAGAGAAAUCCACUGAUCAUGGCUUUAUGGGAGUGAGUUAGAGGGGUUUGGUAUGCAAAUGAAUGAGACAAAUGCUCUGUAGACCAAAUCUGAAUGUUUUAAACUAAUUCACCUAAUUACUUCCUGGAAGAUAUCAUUUAACAGUUAUUGUACAUUUGUUUUGCUAUAUAUAUUAAUAUACAUUUGAAAAAAGAUGUCUAUUUUAACAUUUCUGAAAUACAAACUGAUACAUUUCCCAUGCAAUCAGGCUACUCUGCUUCUCACGGCCACCUUCUCCUCUGUACUGGUAAAUUGAAUCAGACUUUGCUUCAUAUUCAGACAAUUGAUUGUAAUUGUGUUGGCAGGAUUAACUGAAAGCUCCACAUACCCUUGGGAACACUGAUAUUUAAUUCAUUAAAAAUUAGUUAUCACAGGCAUGUACCCUGGUAUCCUCCUGUACUCUUGCACGUUUGGCCAUAGUUUUUACUUAUGUAACAAUUAGUUUGCCAAAGAUCAGGAGCCUCAUGUAUAAAUGAUACAUAAAUAUUAAGAUUGUGGGCAAAAUUGCAAAGUUUGGAAUUUAUGAAGCGUUACCUGUCUGCACAUUUUUACAUUACACUUAUGUAUCUGGAUGGACAUGGACAUACCAGGCCACAUUUUAGGGGUUCAUUGUGUUUCAGACAAACUAGUUUGCUCAGUGUAUCUGUUGUUGCUUGUUCCAUAGGGCUUCACUUGAGGGUAGGGUGAAGACUCUGCCAUCACAGCCUCCACCUAAAUGAAUCACACUGCCUCCCUAUCUCCAAAGCUUACACCUUUUCCUGUCAUACAGCAAGUGAGUGGACUCUGGUCAAUGGAGUGGGGAAAAAGUGUCCAGGCAUACUACGACUGACAACAUUCAGGGAGCCAAUUGAGCCCUGAGCGCACUCUGACAAUAGGUUGAAGGUGCACAAAACUUUGCCAAAAUAGUCAGGGCGAGCACUUUUUCUACAAACAAACAUGUUGUUUAGCCUGUUGACUGACACAUGGAGCAGGAUAAAACAUCCUCAUUGGGAAAUACUGAAAAAAUGUGAUGUUCGCUCGCUUGCUCAUUUAUGACGCGUCCAGGUAGGAAGAGGUGUUAUGUGCUUCUUUGUUGUUAUAACGUGAAGUUCUUAGAAAUGUUGGAUACAGCCCACCUACGAUUCAGCUGUAGGAAAGGCGUGGUUAGAGAUUCAGACAGUAUUAGAUGAUAUGACAGGUACUUUGUUUGAAGUACUUAAGUGUUUGCAAUCUCUCUACACAUUAGCCAUUACAACUGUAGAAGAGGUUAAGCAGGCAGGGCUGUGUUUCUGUUUAAGAGUUCUUCUGCCAGUUGGGGGUCAAAUGUGGAUAGAUUCAACUUAAAACAGUAGCAACAGUGUUUAAACAUAUUAAUUUCAUGCAUAAUAUGCAUGAUUACUUUUGACUGAUAAAUGUACAUGAUGUCAGUAUGGCAAAAUGUAAGAGGCACAUACCCACUUGAGGUCUUACCUGUUAUUCUUUCUCCUUCUUACUUUUCAUAGUUUGUCAUCUCUUCAUAGUGGAAUCUUUCCAUGUAGAAUGCACAUCUAAUCAGAUUACAGUCAGCAAAGUCUUUGUCAUUUACUUACAUGCCCACAACAUAGCACUUUUCUCUAUUUAUAUAAAAUAUAAUGGAGGUAAAAAUAAACAAAUUAAUGGAAUUAAACUAGAUUGCAGCCUUGGAUAUAUCAACUAUUAAUGGUUGUGGAGGAGGAGUAUAUACAAAUCCACAAAUGUUUGGCGUCGUAAAGAGGACAUGCAUACAGUGCUGUAAUUACUGUUAGGUAUAUGUGAAGUUUUACAUAGAUGUAUAAUGUAGCCUACAUGUAUUAGAGUGAGUACAGUUAUGCAUGUGUAUGCUAUUUUGCACAUGAUUUCAGUGAUGAAUGUGUGCAGACGUUCAUACAUGCGGCCCCUCAAUAUUAGUUCAGAAAUAUUGUUUGUAAUAUUUAGUUGAUCCUGUCCCACUAUGUAAAGCUUCCUCAGUCAGUGGUAGUGGAGAGGGUCAAUAAUCCCCUGAAAAGGCCAACAGCAGUUUUAUUUGUGUCUGGCGUCAUGAUGGGCAUAGGUUAGCAUACUGCUGCUGUACUAAAUUGAAAUUGAAUCUGUUUGGGUUUGAAUUGUGUUUUGUUGUUGAGAUAACUGGGUCUUGAAGAUGAGGGUUUAAAUGUUCACUUGCAUGUUACAUGAAAAACAACUGAAUCUUCCUAUGAAUAGGAAAUAGGUUAAAAAGGGAUCAGACUAAAAGCUAUCCUCGUACUACACCCUGCUACUAAACAAGACCACACAACUCAUCUGACUUCAUGAAGCUUACAGUCGCUUCCUCUACUGAGCAGCAGCAGAACAGGAAAUUCUACAGUUCUACUCCUGCCCCUUUCUUGUAUGCUGAUAUUCGUAUGGCUAAACAAUCCUUUCGUUUCAUGAAUGAUGAAUGUGUGCUGUCCACUUGUGUGCCUCCUAACUUCACUGCAUGGACAGUAAGGUAACUAUUUAUGCACUCAUCCAAACAGAGCAAAUUCCAUCCCAAAGAGUAGGAAGAUAAAGAUUCAGGACUGUGGAAACUGCACUGAACUAAAAGAUAUCAGCUUUCCAGUGUUCCCCCAUGACCUUUAUUUGAAUUGCUCACUGCACUUAAAUGAAGUUGAAUGAUAACCUCUGCAGCCUGUUGGCCUUUCUAGUGUCAAAAAAAAUUGCUCCAUUUCACAAUUGUUUUGUAGCAUCUGAUGUUUAUUAAAACACUUUAAAUAGUUACUCAACUCAACAGUUAGAUUGUGGAGCGUAAUGUUGGCUAGUGGCCACGAGAUGCUUUUAUUGACAAAGAAUGGCCAUGUCUCUGAUCUGAGGGAACCUGUGUUGCAAUUUUCCCCUCCCUUCCUCCCUAAAUACCCUAUUUGGUUCUUAACUGUGACACAGCUUUCCAACAGCAUUGGUGGGACAACCCCAUGACUGAUCAGACACACUUACAUAAGUCCACACUUCAGCCACAUUAUCUGAAGCACUUAUUUGGACAUCUACAAAAUUGUUCCUGUGUUUUUCCAAAGCUAGUGUUGGAAGUCAUGAGACUAGCCAUUUGGUUUCAAGCUACUUCCUACUUGGACCCACUGUGGUUACUGUGAAAUGUACUCAUGUACAUUCCUGAUGGCUCACUUUGGCUUUCACUUUUAGAUUAGUGGUUAGUUAACUGGAUUUAAAUCAGGGUUUGCUUCAAACCUAUGUGGUUGUAUGGUUGGUCUUGUACUUGUUCGUCUUUGGACUGUAAGGACAAAUCGGAAACUGUCAUUGUGUUAUCAAGACAAUUUCAAAAUUAAAAGAAAACAUACCAAGGCAAAGAAGCAGUCUAAUCAGCAAUAUCAUUCUUUAAGGGUGUUUAGUCUUUGUUCUGUCUCAGCAAAUACUAUUGAACAACCUUUUCCUCAUGGAUUGCUUUCAAGCAGAUCCUAGAAUGGAAACAAGUAGCAUAUGAUUGAUGUAUAACUGAUGGCAUAGUCUCAUCUAUGUGGGUUUUUCUAAAUGGCAAUCCAGUGCUAAGGUGUGCUCCUAUCCCUCAUAUAUGUACACUGUCUCCAGAAAAAAGAGCUUUGAAGUAAAUUAUUUAAUAUAUUUUUAGAAUUGCUUUUUAUUCCUGUUCUUGUGUUCUAUGGCAUGCAUUCUUCUCACACCUCAAAGUAUGAUUAUGUAUAUAUGUUAAAUAGAGAGGCAAAUUUAAAACACCAACAGUGACACUGUAUAGAAAUUGUAUUAGCCUACACAUUUUUAAGGCUGUGAAGUUAAUUUUAUUUUUAAAACUUGCAUACAAAUGUAUAUAUUUUCUUGAUUUUUACCCUGCAACUGGGAUGUGUAGAGGACAACAAAUCCUGUAAUGAUUCACAGAAUACACAGUCAUGUUAACUGUAUCUUGUGUGUACAGCAGAGUUGUAGAUAUAUCAAAGGAUAAGCCUUUCUUUGUUAUUGUUGUUAAUGAUUUCAUCACAGCAGCACUGUGUUAAUAUGUACAUAAAUGAUUCACCAUGUUAGUCUCUACCUCUUGAGCUCAAUAACUUGGCUUUGUUUACCUCCACACCUUUCUGAUUUCGUGUGGGGAUGAAUUGAAAACACUUGAAUGUCCAUUCAAGCUUUUAUACUGAAAUACCCCCCCAAACACACACACACACACACACACACACACACACACCAUCUUUCCUGCACAAAGAAUUCACAUAAAAUUUUGAAUCAUCAAAUGUUUGUAAUACGAAGUACUACCAAUAGACUGUUAGUCAAUUUUCACUCUUUGAUAGGAUAGGACCUUUUGGGCAGGGAGAGUUACUGCUUCCUCCACAGUGGCUGUGUUCAAAGCUUAGUGUCAACGGCUCCAUUUGACUUUUCAAGUUUCAGUUUAUUUUACUGAGAGUUACACCAGUGUUACAAUGAUUCUUUGCAGGAAUCCAGCAUUGAAUCCACAUAUUGAAUCUGAAUCCCUUUGAAUUGAGUUUAGAUUUGCCUAUUACCAAUAGCAAGUAAUUAACUCAAUGAAUAUCUUAAAUGCAAAGACUGAACAUCAGUCUUUUUUUUAGAUGUUGAGAUAUUGAUAUGUUCACUAGUAAAAAAUAGAUUUAUUGGUUAUUCCUGAUAUUUCCUAACAGAGAACCAGGCCCAAUAUGGAACUGCCUAUCAGAACCCAGCCCUAAUAGUAUGAACAUUGGUUUCCAUUUGUUCAUAGGACUGUGAUUGGCUGCAGGGUGGUUAAAGUUUAAGUUUAAAGAACAUUUGUAUGAUGGCUCAGAGACCUCAAUGCACUGCGACCUUAGAAACUAAACAAAAAAAUAGACAAACACAAGAAAAAGAAAUAGCUUCACCAUUUCAUAUUACAUAGCAGCAUUUAGAAAGAAGGCAAACUAAAGCAAACAAACACAUUUAACAUUUUGAAAACACUUGUGCAGAAACACUGUCAAUACAGAAAACAUGCAAAUUGAGAAACACUGCAAGUCCAACACAAGGGAAAUUUACCAAGGACACAAAAAUUUAUUUUCAUUGUCUGAUUCUGAUGUUAUGGGAAAUCUAAGUUACACACCUAGUGUAAUGCCAUAUACACAUUAUUGCAGAAAACGUCUUUUGCUCCUGCUAAUGUGCACUGCAUGGAUGUUCAGAUAAGUUUAAUUUUGACCUCAACUGUUAAUGUCUAAAAGCUGCUGCUGUGAUUGCAGAUUGAAAAUAUAGAAAUAUAAAAAUAUAAAAAAUACAUACAGUAUCAAAGAACAAAUAACAGAACAGUUAAAACAGCAGCUAGGUAGGAACCAGUGUUAAGUAUUAACUAGUCAGAGCAACUUGGUAGCCGAAUGGUCACAGCGUAUAUGACGCUAGUGCAAUCGGUUCAAUUCCAAUCGGGAAAACUUUGUUGCACGUCAUACCCCGCCCUCUCUUGCCAUUUCCAGGCUCCCACUACAGUCUUCAUCUGUCCAAUAAAGGCAAAAAUGCAAAAAAAAAAUCUUAUUUAUGAAGUACCUUUUGCCAGUUAACUGUGCAGACUCCACCUCUUUCUCCUAGAAUUCUGCACAGAGCAAAGCAGAAUGUCAAACACGAGAGCCUUGGUUUAUUGCCUGAAUGUGAAUACAACAGAAGGUUGUCGUCUGGAAACAUCUGUCACAGUUGAUGUGUAUGCUUUUCAGUGUUUCUCUGUUUGCUUGUAUUUUCUGUAUUUGCAGUAUGUCUUUAUGCUACAUAUACCUUGCCAAAUUGGUGAAUUUGUUUUUUUUAAUUUCCUUACAUUUAUUUAUUAAUGUUUUUUCAAAUCUUUUUUUAAAAUUUUAAAGGUGUUAUCAUAUAUACUUGUCUCUUCGGUAUCAGUGCAUUAAACUCCCUCAGCCACUAUGUUAUUAACCAAGUGAGUAAGUAAGUAAACUUUUAUUUAUAUAGCACCCUUCAUAGUACGUGUACACACAGUGCUUAACAGUACAAACGAUAAAACCACAGUUCAGUGAGUCACAAUAAAUGUGCAACUGAAACAUUCAAGAAAACAUACACACAAGGCACAUGGCAAAGCAAGGUCAGUGCAUGUAGAAGCAUGUAAUAAAAUACAUAAAUAAAAAAAAAAUAACAAUAGAACAUGAUCACAUGGCACUGCAAAGCCAGAGGAAAUAAGGUAGACAAGCUGAGAGAACAACAGAAA